GUUAUUUGAUAGACGAAGGGAGUUUAUUUAUUUUAUUUUAUUUUUAGAAACAAUCCGAUGGAAAAAUCCAAAAAUUUCCGGAUCGAUGCUCUCCUAGCAGUCGACCCUCCCAAAGCAGCCGCCGCCGCCGCCUCCGUGCAGACCUCACCGCUGGCCUUGGUCACCUCCCUCGCCAACACAUCUGGCCACAGCAGCAGCAGCAGCAGUAACAGCAGCAGCUGCAGCCCCCCGUCCUCCUCCGAGCGCCACAGCGGCGGCUCCUCGGACUGCCUGCGGACCGAGAGCCCUUCGCCGCCGCGGAUCCUCGCCGCGCAUUGCGGGCUGGUGCCCAAGCCCGGCUUCCUGACCGGCACCAGCAGCACCAGCAGCCAUCACCACCACCACCACCACUCCGCCGGGGGCAUGGCCCUGGGACUGCACCAGGGGGGAGCGGGCAUCCCCACCCAGGCCGCCCUCUACGGGCACCCCAUGUACAGCUAUUCGGCAGCCGCUCUGGCCGGGCAGCACCCCGCUUUGUCUUACUCCUACUCCCAGGUGCAAGGGGCUCACCCUUCUCACCCUGCCGCAGACCCCAUCAAACUCAGUGCCGGGACUUUUCAGCUGGAUCAGUGGUUACGAGCAUCCACAGCGGGCAUGAUCCUCCCCAAAAUGCCGGACUUUAACUCCCAGGCGCAGUCCAACCUGCUGGGGAAAUGCCGGCGGCCCCGCACCGCCUUCACCAGCCAGCAGCUGCUGGAGCUGGAGCAUCAGUUCAAACUGAACAAAUACCUCUCCAGGCCCAAGCGCUUCGAGGUGGCCACGUCUCUCAUGCUCACGGAGACCCAGGUGAAAAUCUGGUUCCAAAACCGGCGCAUGAAGUGGAAGCGGAGUAAAAAGGCCAAGGAGCAGGCGGCGCAGGAGGCCGAGAAGCAGAAGAACGGGCUGGGCGGGGAGGACAAGGCGGACGAGGAGCUGCUGCUGCCGGCCCCGGAGAAGAGCAGCGGCCGCCGGCUGCGGGAACUCAGGGACAGCGACCCCGAGGAGGAGGAAGCCGGACACUGCUGCCCCUACAACUCCUCCGACUGCUCCGAGGGUGACGAGGAGGAGACACAACCCCGCAGCAGGCACGCCUCCCCGCUGCAGCCGCCCCCCGGCCAGCCCCAGUGAGCCGGCAGGCGGGCUCCCCUUCUCCCUGCUGCUGCUAUCCGGUCCCAGACCUUUUAGCCCUACACCAGCCUGCCCACCCCCACCCCAGCCACUCCAGACAGAGCCCUCUGCUCACCCCACCCCAGCCACCUCCAGACAGACCCCUCUGCC